UCAGAACACCACCAAAAGGACGGGAUUUCAGCAGAUUGUCUCCUUGCAACUCUCGAAAACAAUUCCAAUUCUUCUCCCGAUCAGCAGCACUCCUUAAAUCAAACAAGACCGACCUCUCUCUUCUCCACGGUCAAUCUUUCCCAUCUCGACACAUCUCUUCCCUCAUCAGCACACAUCUGAGAAAGAUAGACUGUCUGCAACCUUUUCGUCAUGUACCCAAAUCAGGGUGGCUACCAGCCGCAUCAACCUCCACCAUCAUACGGGCAGCCGUCACAAUACAGCGGACCGCCACCAGCGAAAAAGCCAAGAGGUAACCCUGUCAUCACUCGCUAUCCUCCACCCCCUGGCUACAGAGGACCGGCACAACCGCAUCCUCAAUUUCAGCCUCCACCUCAAACUGCCUGGCAGCAACCACCGCCACCGCAAGGCUUUGCGUACGGCGGCUAUCCAGGAUAUCAGCAGCCACAAUUCCAGCAGCCGCCUGCGCAGUAUCCGGGCUAUCCGUAUCAGCAACCUCAACACCCUCUGCCAGCUUAUCCUCCGCCACAAGCGUACCAAGCUCCUCAAUGGCAAGCGCCGCCACAAAUCUCUCCCAAUGCUCAAGCCGGCGCAUUCCAGCCUCCACAAGCUCGCAACCCACGUCGGACAGCCUCUCAAUCUCAACACAGGAAUGCCUCCGGAAGUCUACUCGAUGGCAAUGGCGAAGUCAUGCCACCACUUGAUGACAGCCUCGGAAGCGAGGAGAGCUUCGAGGAAGACUUCGACGGAGAAUGCUACUUUGCGAGGUAUCCUGAGGAGAUCAAUCCGGAUCUGAGUCUGGGUAUCAUCGAGUGGAAGGCGCCGUUGCCUACCAGGCGUGCUCUGCCGUCCACAUUCGAUGAAGCAGAAUUAGAAGCUUUGGCACCUCGCAAGCCGCCGCCGGUGGAUGAACAGUCCGUAUCGGAUUACUUCACCAUCGCACGACGAGAAGAGGCAUUUCUCAGCGUGCGUCAGACCGAUGGCUGGCACGAGAUCAAAGACAGCCUUAUCUUCAGAGAAUUUCCAGCGGUCUGCAGAAACCUCAUCACUUUGCAGGAACUGAUCGCACAAUACCGCAACCGUUUCGAUGCAGCCUGGGCAUCAGAAGAUGAGGACAUGUCCCGGUCGCCCACGCCCGACCUCUCACGCGGACCCACUCCAUCGCGCACCGUCUCCGGCCAUAGCAUGGAAGUGGACCACGAGCAUGCCACGGCUGUGCCCAGUAAGGAGAUGGCCGAAGCUCCGAGCCAGGAUCCACACGGCUACCUCGAUGGUCUGGAGCAGGCUUUGCACAACAACAGCCGCCGUAAUGCGCACCAGAACCAACACAACAAUCCUCGCCCGAACAACAAACGCUCUCACUCCCGCGCCAGCUCGGUCGCCAACCACGGACGCAACGGCUCGAUCUCUCAUUUCCGCGCCAACUCCGUCUUCUCCAACCAUUCUCGCGCCGGAUCGGUCAACCAUCACUCUCGCGCCAGCUCCGUCUCACACUCCCGCGCCCUGCCUAAAGUCCGCGACCAAGCUCAAGAAGACAUCCUUGCCUCGCUCGGCGUCGAAGGCUCGCCCAGUCAAGUCUACGAGACUCCCGGUCCAGCGUUCGGCCCACCGCCUACCACGGCGGAGAAGGAGAAGGAGAGGCAUAGCCGUGCUAACUCAAUCGGAAGUGGUCAAGUCGGAAGCGUCAAAUCUGGGAGUGGUCAUGCUCCGCCGUUUGCGAUCCCGCCUCCACCGCCUGGUCGUCCACCCUUCCAGUCCCAAUCGCAGUAUUUCAACCAGCAACGCCGGGCUUCGCGAGAUCCAUGGGCUGGAAACGGACAAUACGCAUCUCACAAUGGCAACCGCCCGACGUCCCGCCCGACUUCCGCUUCAUCCCACCGUACAGCUGCGGGAAGUGACUUUGGCGACAUCAUGGAGGAGGAGAAUGAGGCUACGCCGAAAGCGGCGGAGAAGAAAGUGGGUGUGAUUGGACAGGGUAGGAAGAGGAGCUAUUCGGAUCUGAAGAAGGGUGGUGGGAGGGGUAGGAAUGAGGAUGGAGAGGAGACGCCGCGCGCGAGGAAGAUGGGAAGAAAGGGCGGGAGAUAG